GGCAAAAGAGGGGUGAUGAGACACACGACAGUCGGGAUAACAUUUCGUUUCAAACUUUUAUUCUUAAUUUUCUGGACUCGGAUGUACUCCUCACAUUUUUAAAGACAUUUAGCGUCAACCAAUCAAGAACCAAAACUCCGUUCAGGGAAGCUACAUUGCUACAUAUUCUGCAAACUAACCGACAUUAAAGUAACUUAAACGUCGGCUUUGUAACUAAUCUCUUGAAGUUUAAUUAAUGACUUAAAUUUAGUUAAUGAAUGCCUGGGAAGGAAUUCAGUUGCGUAUUUUGCAGUAGAACUACCACAUAGUUAGGUUGAGUAAUGUCAGCAUCACCUGUGCAUUCAGCUCGGGUCAGGCGCAGCAAUGACGGGUCCCCUAUCAACACCUCCUCCUCAGCAUCAUCAUCCUCAUCAUCAUCAUCCACCGGCAACACGAGCCGGUUGCAGCCCAUUCGUGCCACGGUGCCCUACCAGCUCCUGCGUGGAAAUCAGCACAGCCCGACCCGCCCUCCCGCGUCCUUCUCCACUCCCUCCUCCUCCUCAUCCAUCUCAGUCGGAAGCAACACAGAACCGACAGCAUCAGCCCAGCACAGCAACUCCACUCCCGGCAGCCCGACGCUCGCCAGUCCGGCAGGAAGCGCCUCGCUGGACGGACGGCUGAUCCCGCGGCAGAGGCGCUCUCCACCGGAGCACAGGAGCUCACCCGAACGCUGCCCUCAUUCACCUGUCCUUAGAGCAGUGGAGAGGUCAAAGUCACAACAGGUGCGGAGCACAGGUGCUAUCAGACGGACUUCCUCUCUGGGUGCAAUAACCGGGCCCUACCUGAUAGGGCAGUGGCCACGUGAAUCCCACUUGCACAACCCCUUGUGCAUGAAAGACAAGUCCACACAGACUCCUGGAUGUUGGAGUGACGAGAGUGAAGAGAAAAGGAGCACACACCAGCGCUCAGCGUCCUGGGGCAGCUCUGACCAUCUUAAAGAGAUUGCUAAGCUCAGGCUGCAGCUCCAGCGCAAUAAACAGGGCGGAGGCCGGCAGUGUAAGGACAGUAAAGAGUGUCUCUCCCCCCUCCACUGCUGUACCAGCACCACCACCAUUACUGCCACUACUAUCAGCACAGCCAGCCAAGCACCGUCGUCCAUGUCGAAGUCAGCACAGAUGCCACUGUCCAACAUCACAGUGCCAAAGCCCUCCAUCUCCAGGGUUCCCAGCAGCAUGGAGGGCAUCAACCAUGAGCUGGAGAAAGUCUUCAUUAAAGACAAUGGAGAGAAAGAGGAGCUAAAGGCACUGGAGGUUCCUGACGGACGAAGGGCUCCAUUUCCCCCUCAACAGCGCAGCAGCAGUAGUCGUGGUAUAGACACUCAGACGCCAUCAGUCCCGGGGCGCUCCAGCAGCUGCUCCAGCUUGUCACCCUGUCCAUCGCCCGCAUGCCCACCACGCUCACAUGACGGCAGCCCGUACUCCACCGACGAGAUGCUGGAUGACAGAGAUAAAGACAGUGGCAGCAGUUCUCCUCUUCCUAAGUUCGCUUCAUCUCCAAAGCCCAACAACAGUUACAUGUUCAAACGGGAGCCUCCAGAGGGCUGUGAGAAGAUCAAAGUCUUUGAGGAAAUGACGUCCAGACAGUCAACCACCGUCCCACUUUUCUCCUGCCCUGACAAAAACAAAGUCAACUUCAUCCCCACCGGCUCUGCAUUCUGCCCCGUCAAGCUCCCGGGAUCCAUGCUCCAACACUCCAGUUCCCAGCAGGAGGACGAGGAAAGAGAGCCCACACAGGCCGGCCCUAGCGCCCUGCACCACCAUAUGCCCACUCAGGUCUCCACCAGCACGAGCACAGAUGACCCGCCGGAGUCACCAUCCCAACAGCAGGAGGCGCCAUCAGAAUCCGGCUCACAGCCGCAGAACUUUGAAGUCAGCUAAACACGCGCACAGAGCCGGUCUCCGUCGCGUCCCGCCACUCUGUUUCCUCUCCAAACCCCCUCUUCUCUCUCUUUCUCUCUCUCUCUCUCUCUCUCUCUCUUUACUAUCUGCAUGGCAUAGCAACUGUGGCCCGAAUGAGAAUCGAAAAUGUAAAUGCAGAUGAAGGGUUUGAGUAUGUGGCAACGCCGCACUUUCGUAUCUGGACUGGAAUGGCAUUUAGCAGGACGGAAGGAAGCAUUUUGGGAAAAGGACCUUAGAAUAUGCAAAUCAAAAAAAAAAAAUCCUAAUGGCAUCACUGUUAUCUUGAUAAAUGAGUGAGAGUCUCAUACGGAAAUCUUAUUUAUUAAAUUUGCCUAUUGAUUAGUUCAGUCACAUUCCAGAUAUUCCCGUUACGCUUUCGUUUUUUUUUUUUUUUAGUGUCCUAUAUCCAGUUAUGGAUGCGUUUGCAGGGACUUUUCCAUCCAGAAUUUGAUUCCGCAUUGAUUCCGAGCAUUCGCACAGCUGUUUUCAACGCAGCUUUGCUUUAGUGUGUGCUUAAAAUUUAAGCAAAGUGGCUUUUGUAUGAGCACUAUAAUCAGACAGCGCAGAGCAAGGCGUCGCCUUCGAAUCCACCCGCCGAUUUCUGAGGAGAAAGACGACUGAAGCUUUCAGGAAGGUCUUAAUAGCGUCAGGGCAUGCAUUUGAUCGUAUGUUUAACAUUAAAUUAUGUGUCGUGUUCUCUUUCAACAUCCACAGUAUGAAUAAGCUCUCUCUCUAUCAAUAUAUCUAUAUACGAGAAAAUCUAUAUAUAAAGAAAAAAAGCUUGUUUGAAUUUUAAA